AUGGCAGAGAACAAUUCCCCACAAAACUGCCAGUCCUGUAAACGGGUGGACUCGGCCGAGGAUGAGAUGGUCCAGUGUGACAAAUGCGAGCGCUGGGAACAUUUUGGAUGUGCAGGUGUGGAUGCUCAAAUCCGGCUGCCGGAUGCUGCAUACGUAUGCAAGCAAUGUUUGAAGCAAGUGAAGGAAGUGAAAUCCGGUAAGGGCCAACUGAAAGUGCCGGUCGACGAGACACGAGCGCCCAAAGGAUCUAAGGCAGGUUCAAAGGCCGGGUCUAGGAAUAGCAAGAAGAACCCUGGCCCGCCCGGAAGCGUAUCUUCCAGCGUGCGGGCUGCGGCAUUGAGGGAACAAUUAAAACUCCUCGAAGAAGAGCAAAAACUACAAGAAGAAUCUUUAUUGGAAGAUGAAGCCUUUAGGCAGCGGAUGUUACAAGAAGAUGAACGUCAGUUAGAGGAAGCCAAACGCCUUCGCGAGCGCAAACUGAAGGAGGAAAUGGAGCUAAGGCGUAAACAGCAGCAAAUUAGAAAAGAAUCGCUAGAGAAGCGACAGGUGGUUAUUCGGCAGCUGGCAGAAGCAAGUAAUGGAGGCUCUGUUAUUAAUUCCGAGCAUCGAAUGGAAGAAGCAAACAAUGGAGGUCAUUCGGUUGUGAAUUCCAAGCAAAAGGUCGAAAAUUGGCUACACAGACAGGAAACUGGAAGAUCAGAUGGGAAUCAGCAGAACCUUGGUGUUAACCCGAUUCCCGAAGACCCAGUGGAUCCCGUCUCCUCAGUACGAACCCUGACGCAAACGCAAAUUGCCGCGAGACAGGUAUUGGGAAAGGACCUGCCCGUAUUUAGCGGCAAUCCAGAAGACUGGCCUAUCUUCAUAAGUAAUUUUGAGCAGUCUACAGCGACCUGCGGUUAUUCGGAUGCGGAAAAUUUAGUGCGGCUUCAGCGGUGCUUGAAAGGAAACGCCCUGGAGUCGGUGAAAAGCCGAUUGCUUUUGCCAGGUAGUGUACCGAACGUCAUUCAGACUCUGCGUAUCCUCUUUGGACGACCGGAGCUCCUCAUCAGAUCGCUGUUGAACAAAAUCAACCAAAUUCCGCCGCCGAGGCAGGAUCGACUAGAAACGGUUAUACACUUCGGUCUUGCUGUGCAGAACCUCGUGGAUCAUCUCAAGGCAGCUCAGCAAUCUAAUCACCUUACGAACCCUGUACUGUUGCAGGAACUGGUAGAAAAGCUACCCGGCUCGUUGCGCCUUGAUUGGGCAGUUUAUAAAAAUCAUCAUGAAAUUGCAACUCUUGACACCUUUGGUGAGUUUAUGUCGGGACUGGUGACAUCAGCAAGCGAAGUUUCCUUUAGCGUUCCGGGUUAUAGUGUACCAAAGUUUACCAUGCCAAAUGAAAAUAGGAACAGCAAACCCAGAGGAAAUACGGUAAUCGUUCAAGCCCAUUGUGCGGACGAAAAGCCAGCACAGACGCUUAGUAACAAAAGCAGUGUUAGGACAGGCAAGCCGUGCCUAUCGUGUGGGCGAGUAGGUCAUCGAGUGGCAGAUUGCCAGCAGUUCAACAUCGCGAGCGUGGAUGAACGCUGGAAGCUGGUACAGCAAAAAGGACUCUGCAGAACGUGCCUCAAUAGUCAUGGCAAAUGGCCGUGUAGAUCCUGGCAUGGUUGUGGUGUCGAUGAAUGCCGACAGAAGCACCAUACUCUUUUGCAUUCCUCCCCUUCUUCUGAUCGAAUAAACGUAUCAUCUAGCCAUGUAACCUCUGGAGAUUUACAGUGGCCACUUUUCCGCAUACUCCCUGUUAUUUUAUAUGGCAACAAUACCUCUGAAAUAAUUUACGCCUUUAUUGACGAGGGGUCAUCCUAUACUCUCCUGGAUGAAUCUAUUGCAAGACGGCUUGGUGCUAAUGGGAAAUCGGAACCGCUAACACUGAAGUGGACUGCAAAUGUAACACGGGUCGAGCCAAAGUCACAACGUGUGCAAAUCGACAUUUCUGGUAAAAGCAAUAGUUCACGAUACUCUCUCUUCAACGCUAGGACAGUUAGUCGUCUGGUUCUGCCGACUCAAAGCUUAAAGUAUCACGAUCUAGCGAAUCGUUUUCUCCAUCUGCGCGGUCUCCCACUCGACGACUAUGAUACGAUUGAACCCAAAUUACUUAUCGGUCUGGACAAUUUGAGGUUGUGCGUUCCCCUAAAAUUACGCGAAGGAGGACAAACACAUCCGGUUGCUGCAAAAUGUCGCCUAGGAUGGAGCGUUUAUGGAUAUGUUCCAAACAAAUCAUCCCAAUCAGCGCUUCUUGGGUUUCACAUGGGAACGGUUUCCGAUCGGGAUCACGAACUAAACGAGCAGCUUCGUGAUUAUUUCACCCUCGAAGAUGCAGGAGUUACUGAUUCGUGUCAGAUCGUGGAGUCAGCCGACGAGAAACGUGCCGUACAACUGCUGCAAGAAACAACUCGGCGCACGCCUACCGGACCGAACUACGAAACAGGCCUGCUGUGGAACACGGACAGCCCGAAUUUUCCCGACAGCUACCCAAUGGCCGUCCGACGUUUGGAGGCAUUGGAACGUCGACUUCAACGAGAGCCAGGCCUUCUAGAACGUGUGCGUGAACAAAUCGUGGACUACGAAAAGAAAGGAUACGCCCACCAAGCGAGUUUGACCGAAUUGACCUCGGUUGAACCCAGUCGCAUAUGGUAUCUUCCUCUAGGUGUUAUAACAAAUCCCAGGAAGCCUGGCAAGGUUCGUCUGAUCUGGGACGCAGCAGCAAAAAUAGGCGAUGUUUCCUUCAACUCUCGGCUUUUAAAGGGGCCCGAUCUAUUGACCCCUCUUCCGAUGGUAUUAUGCCAGUUUCGCCAGCACCCAGUGACGGUGACGGGUGACAUCAUGGAAAUGUUCCAUCAACUUAAAAUACGCUUCCCAGAUUGCCAGUCGCAGCGCUUCGUAUUUCGACAUCGCACUACAGAUCUUCCUCAGAUCUAUAUAAUGGACGUCGCCACUUUCGGGUCAUCCUGUUCCCCAGCAUCAGCGCAAUAUGUGAAAAACAUUAACGCAGAUGAGUUCGCCAGCGAUUAUCCACGAGCCGCAGCAGCAAUAAAAAACAAACACUACGUGGACGAUUAUUUGGACAGCUUCGAGACUGUCGAAGAGGCUAUUGCAGUAGUUAACGAGGUCAGGCUGGUGCACUCGAAAGGAGGCUUCACUCUCCGGCGCUUCCUGUCUAACAAGUCAGACGUUUUGCAAAGAAUAGGCGAAGUGGCUGAGGAAAAUGCAAAAAACUUGCACCUUGUGCGGGACGGCAAGCCCGAGUCAGUGUUGGGGAUGAGGUGGAUUCCCAAAGAAGAUGUAUUCAUCUAUUCCUUUAGUACACGAGAUGAUCUUCAACACAUUUUGGAUCGCAACCAUAUUCCUACUAAACGCGAAGUAGCUAAAGUGGUGAUGAGUCUUUUCGACCCACUGGGUCUCAUCGCUUUCUUUCUUAUUCACGGCAAAAUCCUUAUCCAGGAGCUGUGGGCCGCGGGAAUAGGAUGGGACCAGCAAAUUCCGCAAGAUCUCAAUGAGCGCUGGCAGCACUGGGUGAAAUUACUGCAACAGCUCGACCUGCUGCGCAUACCGCGCUGUUAUUUUCGUUCGUCGACGAAACGUUCCAAUCUGCAACUUCACCUUUUCGUUGACUCAAGCGAAAGCGCGUACGCUUGUGCGGUAUACUUCCGUUUGGAAUCCGAGUGUGGUGCAGAGGUGGCGCUUGGAGCAGCUAAAACCAAGGUAGCGCCGCUCAAGACACUAUCAAUACCUCGACUCGAGCUCAGAGCAGCGGUCCUGGGCGUCCGCCUAAUGGAAACUAUCCAGAAACAUCACACCUUUACAGUCAGUCAACGCUACUGCUGGAGCGACGCGAGUACGGUACUCGCAUGGAUUCGCUCUACUGACCAUCGGCGCUACCAUAAAUACAUCGCAGUUCGAGUUGGGGAGAUCCUAUCUUCGACACACCAAUCGGAGUGGCGGUGGGUACCAAGUAAGCAGAAUGUGGCCGAUCUAGCCACCAAGUGGAAUAAAUUACCACAUGUGACAGCAGAAAAUCCCUGGUUCCGAGGACCAGCAUUCCUGUACGAACCUGAAGAGCGGUGGCCUAAGCAGCGAAUAGUUGUUCCGACUGAGGAAGAACUUCGUCCUACCCACUUUCUCGCAGUACAUUUAGCGCCGAAUAUGGUAUUCGAAAGGUUCAAUCGCUGGACUAAAAUGCAUAUGUUUUUCGUGGCAUUGAUAAUUUUCGUCGGCGUUUAA